CUGUAGCGGUGAGAUUAGAAACAAUGAUGGAGUGUGUGUUUGGAUUCAAACGCAGCUGUAGCGGUGAGCUGAUUUGGGGCUGACCAGCGUGUUGGAGAUGGCUUCUCACUGGACUGACAUGCUGAACCAAAGAGCUGACCAGUGAGACAACUUGCAUCUUAUCUAGCGAACUGUGGACUUUCAGACAACGUGUGAACAAAUGAACAGUGAUCAAGCAACAAGACAGACGAUCUUGGUCAAACAAUAGACAAGUCAGUCAGACAGGCGAUCGAGUGAGCUUGGAAUUUGUCGGGCGAUUGGACAAUUUUCGAACGAUAAUCUUAAGGAAAGCUCCCGCUUCAAGACUCAGAAACAUUAUUGGUCUAAAUCGAGCAAAUUAUGCGUCUGGUGGACAUGGAGGGUGAUUCAUCAGAUGGAUCCAGUUCAUUUUUACUUUACAGAAACAAGAAGAUCAAUGGAUGGAGCUGAUUGAGAUGUCUUCAAUAAAUGGUGGACUCACUGAAUUCAAUCAGAUCAAGACCUGCUGAAUCAAGUAGAAACACCCAAAGGUGGAAGUCCUAGACAAAAGUGAUUAAUGUUAUAGGAAAAUGCGCAAGUCAAUCUAAGGAGACUAUGUGAGAUGACCAGAUCGGCGUUGUUAGGUCUAAAGAAGUGAUGGAUUGCCUGAUGCUAGUAGCAGGUCUUCUCUAUGGUUAAACGAUGAGAGAUAAACAACACAGUCAACGACCGGGCGAUAAAGAGCGACUAUCUCACCAAGAAAAGAAAAUGGAAUAAUGAUAAUAAUAAUAGUAGUAAUACUUUUCUUAAAGCUAUUUGGAUGAGUGAUUAGGUACUGCGUGUCACCGCUGUUUUUAUACUAACCGUAAAUGUACCGCCCAUCCAAACUCACCCAUAAUAAUAUAGUAAUACUUUUUUUGAAGCAAAAAACAAUAGUGUUUAUCCUCACAGUCCGAUUGGAGGGUGAAGGGCCACGUUCGUCAACGACUUUCCUUAAAGAUCAAAAGGCAACUUUCCGUUGUCUUCAUAGUUGAUUCACAUCUUAAACGAUUGACUGUUUAGAGAAUUUUGUUGUUGCAGUGAACAUCAGUUAAACAUGAAUCCAAGCGAGCUUUCAUAUCCAGUAAUCAUGGACGGCUCAGCGGCAACGGCUUCCGGUUCAUUUCCAGCCUCACAGAUGAACAACGGAUCCAUGGCGAAUCAAGCUGAUGAGAGCCAGAAUUACCAAUCGAUCUACCCCCCUUCGUUGCAAAGUGUUGUAGGGAUGAACUUUCAGCCAACAGGCCAUGCCUCAUUCAAUCAAGGAUAUCAGGUUCAGAGUAACAUUCAGAGCUUUAAUCACACAAGCCAACCCCAAUCGAAGGAAACAUAUCAGACUUGGAGUCUGAAUCAUCAGUCAGACCUGCAUAGUCAGCCAUGUCAAUCGAUUGCAGCAGGUCAGUGUCUAACUGAUCUGUUGACCUUUAGGGAACAUACUCAACCAACAAGCCAACCUCAAUUGAAUGAAACACGUCAGAACCAGACUCUGAUUCAUCACUCAAACUCUCAGCAUACUGGGCAAUUUCAAUCGAAUGGAGCAGGUCAGAGUCAAACAGAUCUAACGAACUCAGUGCCGAGUGACAGCUUGGUGCAUCCUCAACCAACAAGCCAACCUCAAUUGAAUGAAACACGUCAGUACCAGACUCUGAUUCAUCACUCGAACUCUCAGCAUACUGGGCAAUUUCAAUCAAGUGUACCAGGUCAGAAUCAAACAGAUCUAACGAACUCAGUGCAGAGUAACAGCUUGGUGCAUCCUCAACCAACAAGCCAACCUCAAUUGAAUCACGGAUACUCAUCUCAAGGUUCACAACAAAAAAGAACUCGACGUCCCAGAGCAGCUAAUGAGGCAGAAAGACGAGAGAGAAGAAGAGAAUCAGAUCAGAAAUAUAAAAAGAAAAUGAAGCAACAAAAGAUAGAAACUAAUGCUGAGAAUGAAAACUUGAAAAGGAAAAAUGUCAUUUUGGUUGCCCAGAAGCAAUCGUUAUCAGACAUAAUCAUUCAGAUGCAACCAAAUGCGCAAAUCCCAGCACAUAUGCGAUCGUCAUUAGACUGUGGGCAGCAACCAAAUGAGCAAAUUCCAGCACAAAUGGGACAAUUAUAUAACCAACAAAUUCACUAUCCAAGUUUUUCGGCCCCUGUAGCAGGCUUCCCAAGAAGCCACCAUGGAGAAGACUCGGAAGAGUUUGAUCAGGACCCUGAGGUAAGUGCGUUACGAAUGCAAAGGGACAGUUUGGUACAACUUCUACAAGGGUCGACCAGUUGCCAGGAAUCGAAUGAGCAGACUCCGUCAACCUUCCAGCAGCCUCUUCAUUCAGAUUGUUCAGCCCAGCAGCAGCUCAAUGGUUCGCAAUUCAGCAAUGACGUUCAGGAUCCACCGUGGACAUACUCAAACAGUCAUGGAGGAGGCAUUGCCAGCAGUUCAAAUCCUACAGAAAAACAAGACAAUUCUCGUGCUCUUAUGGCUAGAAUUCUCAAAAGAAUCGGCGAAAAGAGGAAGAGCACAGUUACAUACUCAGACUUCCCAGGUUUAGGCAUUGACGAGCGCGUAGCAGUUGGAAAAUAUAGUUUCCCAAAAUCUCUGAAAAGCACUGUCGAGAAUAUCACCCACAUGCAUGGCGAUGUUUCGGAGAACAGCACAAUGCCCCAAUGCGUGGACGAGACGAUAUAUAUUCUCUUUUGUGCGACAAUUAAGGAAAUGGAUGAUCUACAACUUCCCGAAGUUACUGAGAAUUGUAUAAUUAAGUGGAGCGACACGAUCAAGGCAGCUUUAGGGAUAAAAUUCGAUGUGGGAUUUGCGAUGGAUCAUUUGAAGGACAAGAUUAUUCCUGCUUUUGUUGGCCAAAUUCAUUGCCAAAGGGUCGAUGAGAUGGAAGAAAAGAUAUCGAACUUAGAGGCUUCCUUGAAUGCUUUGAAACAAGACCAUGCUAAAGAGUGUGAACAGUCCAAGGUAUACAAGGAUGCUAUGGACAAGUUCAAUGGCAAGUCUGUCAGUUCAGGUCUGUUUAUGUAAUCCAACUCGGUUGUAUAAUCAUAAUUUUUAAUUAAUUAUUAUGCACUGAGAAAGGAUUUUACGAAACAAAGUAUCUCAUGUCAAAUGAUAUUUAUUUCAAUCAUUUUAAUUCA